CAAACUCACGUUUUCUCGCAUCUCUCGGACUCUUGCACUCAAUGUACUCCCCGUUUGUGUGAAGUAAUAGUAAUCAACAAAUUCAUCGAUGAAUACAUCGCUUAAUAAAUGACAAAAUGUAUGAAAUGUGUGCGAAAACAAUGAAUGAAUAGUUUCGUGUAAUUAGCGGUGAAUUGCGGCCAAAAGCGGACAUAAAAUGUCAAAAAUAUUGUCAUUGAAUACAACGACCAGUAAUACAGCGAAAGCCCUACUGAUCGGCACUUCGCUAUCGGUUUCACUGUUUUUGGUGUAUAAGAGACAUUUGUGGCCGAAGUCGAGACCUCUGGUGGCGAAGACCCGGUCCACCGAAACACAGACGGAUGGAUGCGUGGGGUCGACACUACAGGUGCUGAAAGUGAACGGCACGUCCAGUCCCACCAAACAGACGCCCAAUAAUAGGCCUGUGAGCACAGGGGUGGCCACCAGUGGUGAUGUAUACCCUGCGCACCGGCAGAGGACCAACUCGUUUAGGAACAGUUUGACCCGAAAUCUGGACGAAGCCUUCGCACAGUCUUUCUCG